AAAGCACGCCACAUUCAAGCUAAAGGAAGGACGGCCAUGCAGAAUGCCAGCAAUUCGGCCCCCAACAACUCCAUCAUUCAGCCUGCAGGAUUUUACAUUGUUGCCUUGAGUUCAGUGCCUUACAGUAACAUCUAUGUCAUGUUUCUCACUGUGCUCUACGUGAUCACAGUCAAAUGCAAUGUCUUUCUGAUCAUCAUCAUUUUCUAUGACCACCGACUGCAUGUCCCAAAGUUCAUGGCUGUUGGUAAUCUGGCUUUGGUUGAUCUUGUUCUCAGCACUUCUCUUGUGCCUGGCAUGAUAAAGACUUAUCUUGUACUUGACAAUUUUGUGCCAUUCAAACUGUGCCUUGUGCAAAUGUACACUUACUAUAGUUUUUUAUCCCUCGAGUCAUUUUCCAUAUGUAUUCUCUCUUAUGACAGAUUCAUUGCGAUCUGCUUGCCUUUAAGACAGGAAUCUAUAAACACAAACACCAGAAUGGCUUACAUAAUUGGUGCAGUUUGGUUCUUUGGUCUUACUACAGUAGUCUACGGCACUUCAUCCAUCCCAACCCUCUCAUUUUGUGGCUCUCUUAAGGUCAACAGCUAUUUUUGCGAUUAUACUCCUGUUUUAAGACUCGCUUGCAGCGAUACGACGCACCAAUGGAAUUUUGCCACUGUUUUAACUAUACUCUUCUCGUUUGCACCAAUGAUUUUCAUUUCCUUGACCUACAUUGGUAUAUUAAUUGCUGUAUUUAGAAUGAAAAAUAAUCAGAGCCGUUAUAAGGCGCUGGCCACUUGCACUGAACACCUCGUGUUAGUGGGCAUAUUCUUCAUCCCAAUUUUUAUUAUCUUCAAUAUUGGAUUUUCUGGCACUAUUAUAAACCCAAAUGUAAGAACGGUGUGCUUGUCUUUUUCGUCCCUCAUCACACCCUGUGUGAAUCCCAUCAUUUACUCAUUGAAAACUAAAGAGAUUCGAAGCAGGAUUCAUUCUUUGUUAACCCGCAGACUGUCUGUUCAUCCUUUGAAAAAUGCACAUUCAUGUAGAACAUAA